AUGUCGAGCAAACGAUUACGUGCUGAAGAUAUCGAAGAUUUCUUGGGUAUACCAUCAGGGAGUGAAGAUGGCGACGACUUUUCUGAAGCCGAAAGUGAUGAAAACAUAAAAUUCAGUCUACCGUCAAUUUUUUUCUCUGAAUCCCUUACCGAUAUAGAAACAUCACCGCAGAGAUAUCUCCGUUUGUCUCCCACUAACGAAGAUGUUUAUUUAUCGAGCGAGCAGCAAAUAAACACUCAAACUAGUACUUCAGGCGUGACUUCAGCGAGAACUACAGGUGAUAAUCACGUGAAAAGAGGCGAUCAUCGACUUCCAUUAGUAUUGCUUUUGCUAACAGAACUAGACAACAUAGCUCUGCAUCUGUCAUCUAGAGAACGAAAAGGAAGUUUAUUUGGAAAAUUCACCACAUUCACAGUUUACUGGAAACAUAAGCUUAUAGUCACCAAUUAUAGAAUUUGA